AUGGACCGGUUGGACCAGCCGGCCAGUUGGUCCUGUGGACCGGUUGGACCAGCCGGCCAGCUGGUCCUAUGGACCGGUUGGACCAACCGGCCAGUUGGUCCUAUGGACCGGUUGGACCAACCGGCCAGUUGGUCCUCUGGACCAGUUGGACUAACCAGCCAAUUGGUCCUGUGGACCGGUUGGACUAUCCGGCCAGUUGGUCCUGUGGACCGGUUGGACCAGCCGGCCAGUUGGUCCUGUGGACCGGUUGGACCAACCGGCCAGUUGGUCCUAUGGACCGGUUGGACCAACCGGCCUGUUGGUCCUGUGGACCGGUUGGACCAACUGGCCUGUUGGUCCUGUGGACUGGUUGGACCAACCGGCCUGUUGGUCCUGUGGACCGGUUGGACCAACCGGCCUGUUGGUCCUGUGGACUGGUUGGAACAACCGGCUAGUUGGUCCUGUGGACCGGUUGGACCAACCGGCCAGUUGGUCCUGUGGACCGUUGGUCCUGUGGACCGGUUGGACCAACCGACCAGUUGGUCCUGUGGACCAAUUGGACCAACCGGCCAGUUGGUCCUGUGGACCGGUUGGACCAACCGGCCUGUUGGUCCUGUGGACAGGUUGGACCAACCGGCCUGUUGGUCCUGUGGACCGGUUGGACCAACCGGCCUGUUGGUCCUGUGGACCGGUUGGAACAACCGGCUAGUUGGUCCUGUGGACCGGUUGGACCAACCGGCUAGUUGGUCCUGUGGACCGGUUGGACCAACCGGCGAGUUGGUCCUCUGGACCGGUUGGACUAACCGGCCAGUUGGUCCUGUGGACCGGUUGGACCAACCGGCCACUUGGUCCUCUGGACCGGUUGGACUAACCGGCCAGUUGGUCCUGUGGACCGGUUGGACCAGCCGGCCAGUUGGUCCUGUGGACCGGUUGGACCAGCCGGCCAGUUGGUCCUGUGGACCGGUUGGACCAGCCGACCAGUUGGUCCUGUGGACCGGUUGGACCAACCGGCCAGUUGGUCCUGUGGACCGGUUGGACCAACCGGCCAGUUGGUCCUGUGGACCGGUUGGACCAACCGGCCUGUUGGUCCUGUGGACCGGUUGGACCAACCGGCCUGUUGGUCCUGUGGACCGCCGGCCAGUUGGUCCUGUGGACCGGUUGGACCAGCCGGCCUGUUGGUCCAAUGGACCGGUUGGACCAACCGGCCAGUUGGUCCCGUGGACCGGUUUGACAAGCCGGCUAGUUGGUCCUGUGGACCGGUUGGACCAGCGGGCCAGUUGGUCCUGUGGACCGGUUGGACCAACGAGCCUGUUGGUCCUGUGGAACGGUUGGACCAACCGGCCUGUUGGUUCUAUGAACCGGUUGGACCAACUGGCCAUUGGGUCCCGUGGACCGGUUGGACCAACCGGCCGUUGGGUCCUGUGGACUGAUUGGACCAACCGGCCUGUUGGUCCUCUGGACUGGUUGGACCAACCUGCCUGUUGGUCCUGUAGACUAGUUGGACCAACCGGCCUGUUGGCCCUGUGGACCGGCUGGACCAACUGGCCAUUUGGCCCUGUGGACCGGUUGGACCAACCGGCCUGUUGGUUCCUAUGGACCGAUUGGACCAACCGGCCAGUUGGUCCCGUGGACCGGUUUGACCAACCGGCCUGUUGGUCUGGCGGACCGGUUGCCAGUUGGUCCUGUGGACCGGUUGGACCAACCGGCCAGUUGGUCCUGUGGACCGGUUGGACCAACGGGCCAGUUGGUCCUGUGGACCGGUUGGACCAACCCGCCUGUUGGUCCUUUGGACCCGUUGGACCAACCGGCCAGUUGGUCCUCUGUACCGGUCGGACCAAACGGCCUGUUGGUCCUGUGGACCGGUUGGACCAACCGGCUAGUUUGUCCUGUGGACCGGUUGGACCAACCGGCCAGUUGGUCCUGUGGACCGGUUGGACCAACCGGCCUGUUGGUCCUGUGGACCAGUUGGAACAACCGGCUAGCUGGUCCUGUGGACCGGUUGGACCAACCGGCCAGUUGGUCCUGUGGACCGGUUGGACCAACCGGCCAGUUGGUCCUGUGGACCGGUUGGACCAACCGGCCUAUUGGUCCUGUGGACUGGUUGGACCAACCGGCCAGUUGGUCCUCUGGACCGGUUGGACCAACCGGCCAGUUGGUCCUGUGGACCGGUUGGACCAACCGGCCAGUUGGUCCUGUGGACCGGUUGGACCAACCGGCCAGUUGGUCCUGUGGACCGGUUGGACCAGCCGGCCAGUUGGUCCUGUGGACCGAUUGGACCAGCCGGCCAGUUGGUCCAAUGGACCGGUUGGACCAGCCGGCCAGUUGGUCCUGUGGACCGGUUUGACCAACCGGCCUGUUGGUCUGGCGGACCGGUUGCCAGUUGGUCCUGUGGACCGGUUGGACCAACCGGCCAGUUGGUCCUGUGGACCGGUUGGACCAAAGGGCCAGUUGGUCCUGUGGACCGGUUGGACCAACCCGCCUGUUGGUCCUUUGGACCCGUUGGACCAACCGGCCAGUUGGUCCUCUGUACCGGUCGGACCAAACGGCCUGUUGGUCCUGUGGACCAGUUGGAACAACCGGCUAGCUGGUCCUGUGGACCGGUUGGACCAACCGGCCAGUUGGUCCUGUGGACCGGUUGGACCAACCGGCCAGUUGGUCCUGUGGACCGGUUGGACCAACCGGCCUAUUGGUCCUGUGGACUGGUUGGACCAACCGGCCAGUUGGUCCUCUGGACCGGUUGGACCAACCGGCCAGUUGGUCCUGUGGACCGGUUGGACCAACCGGCCAGUUGGUCCUGUGGACCGGUUGGACCAACCGGCCAGUUGGUCCUGUGGACCGGUUGGACCAGCCGGCCAGUUGGUCCUGUGGACCGAUUGGACCAGCCGGCCAGUUGGUCCAAUGGACCGGUUGGACCAGCCGGCCAGUUGGUCCUGUGGACCGGUUGGACCAGCCGGCCAGCUGGUCCUAUGGACCGGUUGGACCAACCGGCCAGUUGGUCCUAUGGACCGGUUGGACCAACCGGCCAGUUGGUCCUCUGGACCAGUUGGACUAACCGGCCAAUUGGUCUUGUGGACCGGUUGGACUAUCCGGCCAGUUGGUCCUGUGGACCGGUUGGACCAGCCGGCCAGUUGGUCCUGUGGACCGGUUGGACCAACCGGCCAGUUGGUCCUGUGGACCGGUUGGACCAACCGGCCUGUUGGUCCUGUGGACCGGUUGGACCAACCGGCCUGUUGGUCCUGUGGACCGGUUGGACCAACCGGCCUGUUGGUCCUGUGGACCGGUUGGACCAACCGGCCUGUUGGUCCUGUGGACCGGUUGGAACAACCGGCUAGUUGGUCCUGUGGACCGGUUGGACCAACCGGCCAGUUGGUCCUGUGGACCGGUUGGACCAACCGGCCAGUUGGUCCUCUGGACCGAUUGGACUAA